AUGUCACUCACCACUCUUGCUACGGAUAUCCAGAAGGACGUCAAAGUGACCCUCACUGUCAACGAUCAACACCUCUUGAUAAGCAGCGACAAUGGCAGCAAUGGGACGACGACAACAACCACUCUUGAAUUGGACUUGAUUUAUGGUGUCAAAGAGACGAAGGAUAAGCAGCUGGAGAUCGCCAUUGUCGAAUGUGAGCAAGAACAAAACGAGAAUGGUGGCCAGCAAUCCACUAGCAUUACCAACUUUCGAGAUAUUGGCAAGACGACUUGGAAGCAAAGGACGCUUGUAUUCGAUAAGCUAUCAACACCUGAAUUCGCCACUCGGCUUCGGCAACGUGUUUUACCCGAUGUUCAGCCAACUCAACGUGUGGUUGCCAUUAUCAAUCCUGCAGCAGGUAGCCGACAAGCUUUAUCGCAAUGGAAUGAUAUCGUAAAACCUAUGCUGGUGGCAGCAGGCUAUGAUACGGAUGCCAUGAGUGUGACAGAGACCAAACCCAAUGAGCAAACGAGGAUACUGGUUGAGCAAUUGGGCGUCAAGAUGAUAAGCGAGAAUGCCAACACGACCUUUAUUAUACUGGGUGGAGAUGGUACAGUACAUGAAGUGGUGAAUGGUUUAUCGGAUGCAUACGAUCGUCGAGCAAAUUGGCCAUCUUUACCCACGUUCAAGCUCGGCAUUAUUCCUUCCGGAUCCGGCAACGCCUUAUCACUCAGCCUUCAGUUACAAAGCAUUGAACACGCUACAUUACGCAUUAUUAAGCAGAAUACUCAGCCAUUACGACUUGUGGAUGUGGAGUUACCAAUCGAGCAGAAACGCAAACUACGUAUCAUGGUGGUGAUGAGUUGGGGAUUUCAUGCACAAUUGGUGAGCAAGGCGCGUUAUCUCAAGCCAUUUGUCGAUAAUCGUCGCUUCAGCUGGGUUGCCAUGUGGCUCUUGUACUUUUUACAACACUACGCUGGUGAAUUGACAAUGAGCCAGGUUCAACGAUACAACAAAGAGACCAAGAAGUUCGAUGAUAUCCAAGAAGAGAUCGUGGUCAACGACGAGAAGUUCACCUACUUUGCAGUCACCAAACAAGCUUCUCUUGAGAGAGGAUUUACUAUCACACCAUUUGCGUCACCAGCAACCGAAGAUAUGGAUAUCAUUUUGAUGCGUGAUGCCAGCAAAGAGCAGUUGCAAUCAGCUACUAUCAAAGCGAUCCAAGGAGGAAAACAUGUGGAUGAGGAGGAAUACGUGGAGUAUUACAAAGCGAAGGAAUUGACACUCAAGGUGCGAGAUGCUACCGAUAUUUGUUUGGAUGGCGAGAUAGCUUCGAUACCUGCCAACAGCAUCGUGCGACUCAAAGUUGUUGGUCCCUCUCAAGGCGAACCUGAUUUCCAGACAUUCGUUUAG